AUGACGUCUUUCCUAAGCAAAAUCUUCGCGCUCAGAUCGAGCACGUCGAUCCGCGCGCCGGCCAUCGAAACAUAUGACAUCGAAAAUCCCGUUGAGAAGACAGCAAGAACACUCUUCCAUCUAGUGAAGUUGAAUCAUAUCAAUCAUUCGGUGCGGAUUCGUGGGGAUGGAUCUGGCUCAGCAAGCUCGUAUAAUCUUGUACCUCAUCAUUUGAUAUCAGCAUUCAUCUUCGGAGCCGACGCCCACACUCUUGAUCAACUGUAUGAAGUUGACUCGAGAUCACUAGAGCCAUGGAAAGACGCUCCCGGUGAGGUUGUCGGUAGCGACUGGAUGGAUUUUCUGGGGAAGAAAGAGUAUGAACGAGCUUUUCUAGACCUCUUUGAAGACGAUCUAGUAGACCAAGGCUAUGACUGGCAAGCUGUUCUCCAGAAAUUCUUAUUCACAGGCGAGCAGCCUUUGAUCAGCUCAAUCACAGCUGGCUCGGGACAACCAUUAAUUCACCUCGCUCUUGCUCUGCAAAUGUCCGUUCGCGCUUUGGCAAUGGAAACCCUCACCCUCGUCGCAACGUCAUACUACGAUAACGACAUCUUCAAAUACUCUGAUGACCCAUCCUACUUCCAAGCCGAGUCCUUGUACAGUUCUUCUUCUAUAUCCGAAAUUCUAGACAAAGUACGCACAGACAAGAGAUUCAACAACGACGCCGUAGCCAUACCCGGCGAGCAGAACAUGGCCAUCAUUUUCCGUGACCACGAAGCCGCAUUGCUAGAUCACUGCAAUACAUGGACCAUCCCCUCCGAUCCAAGCACCCAUUUCCGCGAGAGCCAGAAAGCAGCCGUCGCACUCUUCAUGGGGACCAAAACACCCGAAAACAAAUAUAACAAGGCUCUUUUGCAUCCACUGCUAAUGAGCCAUGCGAUUCAGGUCAUCUUACCGCAUACGCCGGAUAAGGUGCACAUCUCGCUUGUGCAGCAGUGGUGGCUGACUACGUUGGCGAUAUAUGUGGCUCAGUUACGGCCGGAGAUUGAUUUUGAUGUUAUUGCGGCAUCUGGUACGCACGACAAGGAUUGGGGGUGGAUUAAGCAGCAGGCUCUUAAGAGCCCGCAUGCGACAAACGCGUAUUUUCUGCAGACGUUGCGGGUUCUGAAGGAGCUGGAAGAGGCUUGGGAGGACCCUGAGGAGUACCAUUUGAAAGCCGCGGUGAAAUUUGUGGGUGAUUUUGAUGGAUGGAAUUGA